UGCUGCUGCCCGUACGCCGAUGCCGCCGUGGCGGCCUGCGGGCCACUCUGCAGCCCCAAGCAGAUGAACGGCACCAGGGUCCUGGACUAUUUCCCUCACAAGUCAGCCAUGGCGGUGGACAUCGAGUGCCGCUACAGCUGCGGGGCUCCCGUCCUGCACAGGGAAAGAUUUUCCCGGCAGAUCUUUUCCCAGUCCAGCAAACCCCUGAGGUCCUGCAUCCAGAAGAGCGGCCAGGCCCAGGCUCAGGGCCGGGACUGGGGCCAGGACCAGGACGAAGGUGCCGGGGUAGGGGCCCCGCCUCCCCGAGACAAGAGGGCGAAGAAGAGGGUGUCCUUUGCUGACCACCGGGGCCUGGCCCUGACCACCGUCAAAGUGUUCUCCGAGGCGGACGACCCCUUGGACAUCCCGUUCAACAUCACCGAGCUCAUCGACAAUCUGGUGAGCUUGACCACCGCGGUGGAGAAGGAGAACUUGAUGCUGGACUUCCCGCAGCCCUCGGCCGACUACCUGGACUUCAGGAACCGGCUGCAGGCCGACCACGUGUGCCUGGAGAACUGCGUGCUGAAGGACCGUGCCAUCGUGGGCACGAUCAAGGUGCAGAACCUGGCCUUCGAGAAGAGCGUCAAGGUCCGCAUGACCUUUGACACCUGGAAAAGUUUCACUGACUUCCCAUGCCAGUAUGUGAAGGACACCUACGCCGGCUCAGACCGCGACACCUUCUCCUUCGACGUGCGCCUGCCAGAGAAGAUCCAAUCCUAUGAGCGGGUGGAGUUCGCCGUGUGCUUCGAGUGUGGCGGCUGCACCUACUGGGACAGCAACCGGGGAGCCAACUACCGGAUCAUCUGGGCGGAACCGCGGGCGGCGGCGCAGUGGCCGCCGCGGCCCCCGGGAGAGCCGGACGCCGGAAGCGCCUUUGACCAGUUUGGGAGCCCCCGGUGCUCCUACGGUGUGUUUCCCGAGUGGCCGAGCUAUCUGGGCUACGAGAAGCUUGGUCCCUAUUACUAGCCUUGGCCUUCCCUGACGGACUGGGGGCCUGCCUGCCUGUCUGUCGGUCUGGCAGGCCCAGUGGUGGACCGACAGACGGACAGACAGAUGGGAGCGGCCGCUUUGCCUGGGCUGGGAGUGGCCGCUGGACCGGACCUGGGGUAGGGGUGGGGGGAACUGCCGUCCCGUCCCAUUCCGCAGAGACCCCCCAGCUGAUCCGGUUCAGGUUUCCCAUCCUGGAGGUCAGCCAGCCCCUCCGAGGGCUCACGCGGUUUGGUCCGGUACUACUCGGCCUGUCCCUCACCAUGCUGCUAGUCCUCACCAGUCCAAACACUUAACACUUAAGAUGUUUACCCGUUGUGUAGUUGGGGGUGGCGUCCUUGGGGUGCCCCCUCGCUACAUGCCAAAUUUGGCUUCGUGAGGGGACGUGGGAAUCCGCUCUCCUUUCUUUUUGUUUUUUAUCUGUAGUGUUGCAUUUCACUCACAUUGCGAGCCCCUUUUUUUUGUCUUUCAUUUCCGUAUCCACGUCUGCGCUCUGGUCUCCCCAACAAGGUCAAGAUGGCAGGGAUGGGUGAGCGUCUCCUCCCUGGCUUCUCCCAGCCCAGCCCCGUGCCUUCUCCGGCGGGAGGGGACACAGAGGGAUGGCAGCAGGUGCUCACGGAAUCCAAGGACUCUGGGGGCCGUCAGACAGGAUAGGGCAGAGGGGCCGCAGUGCGGCGGUUGGGAGGUUCGUGGUGACUCCCGGGUAACAGGGGUGCUGCGGGCCUCCCGGGCUGAGGCCCCAGAUGGCUCGAAGCGUCGUUUCGGCCUGACCAGUCAGGCAGGUUUGGGAGAAUCCCGUCCCUCCCGGUGUGGGUCCUUCUACCCUGUCGGAGACGCUCAGCUGGAGGGACACAACAGGCAGGGUCGCCUCCAGUGGCUUCUGGUUCAGAAGUUGGGGCAGAUGCGCUUUAUUAUUAUUAUUUUUUUGAUUACGAUGAUGAUAUGCAGGUCACUUUAUAAGAAUCCUAAGACUGUGUGGUUGUGAGAGUCUUCUUAUUUGUAGCUGUGUGUAUGUGUUUGUGUAAGGGGGAGUGAAAGAGAAGCUGAGGGCUCCCUCUCUUUAUUUUAGCUUUUAAAGGUUUUGUAGACACUGAAAACUCUGCUGCGCCUGCACCAAUCGGUGGCUCUUAACCAAUCUGUCAGUUAGUUAGCAGUAGUAUCUAUUGAGGGCCUGCUUGGGCAACGCGCUGUACUGAACACUUGGGAGAGGACAGUUAGAAUUAGCAGACAAGAUCCCUGCUCCCUAGGGGUUCCCGUUUGAGCAGGGGAGACAGAUGGUGACAUCAGUGACAGACAGGAAGAGGGCCGACUGGGCCAAAGCAAUAUAUAGAAGUUGUCUUGGCCCCCAGUGGCAGCCACGGGUUCUGGUAGGGUAGAUUUCUCCUGAUGGGAAGGGGUGGGUAGGGGUGCGGGAACCUCCCUGAGCACCAGUGGAUGGCUCCAGUGGGGUGGAACUGGAAAAUAGUCAAAUGAGGUCACGGGUGACUUCCGUCUCAUCGGGCCAGAACCACCCGAAGUCAGCCCACACCAAGUGGACCAUGGCCCAGCUCGCCUCCUGGGGCUUGGGCCAGUCCAAGUGGAGGUGCCGGCCGAGGGGCUCUGAGAACGAGGCUCCCUUUGUAACAUAAAACAGACUCCUCUCGGGAGUCUCCGAGGCUGGGUAGCCUUAUCCUCGGCCUUUUCCGGCACAAUGGGUGCCCUGUUCGGUGUCGUUUUUGAUCUUGCGGGGUGACGCUGUCCCUGAGCGUCCUGCGCCGUGCCACUGGCCGACACUGUCCUGCGCUGUGACCUGUCCCGCACUGCCUCACAACUGAUUCGAUGUCCUUGACGGUCUGCACUGCGACACCGUCCUGUGCCGGCCUGUGGUUGUGAUGUUGCCCUGGACCGUCCUUCUGGCCGUAGAGCCUCCCGGUUCUGCCAUCGCGUCUCCCUAGACGGCGCCCCCCUGGCAGUGGGCUCUGUGGAGCCCCUGCCAGCUGUCCUGAGACCAGGGGAAGCAGAGGCUCAGUGAACAACCCACCCCUAGAGUCGGGCCCCCCUGAAACCACCUCCUCAAGUCGGUGGGCCGGAGCCCUCUCUGCUCGCAUCAACCCUCAAACCUACACAGGAGCAGAAUGAGUCAGCCACGACACAGUAGCAAUGAUGACGACCUCCGAUGGGGAGGUGGAAGCCCCAGCCGUGCUGCGGCGGGGCCUUUGGUCUGGGUCAGAGCCCAGGUUGGAGCUUCCUGUGGGCCCCCCUGGCAGCUGAAGGAUGGCUCACUUGCCGGUGUCGGCAUGGUCCGGGCUCCUCGGACAAUGAUCUCGUUCUUUGGUUCAGGGGUUGUUGGGAAAUUUUUGUCCCAGUGAGACCCUGCUAAGUUUUGUGUCAGUCUUUGAGGUAGAGGAAUGAAGGCAGGGUCCGAGAGUAACCAUUUCCAAGAGGCCUAGCUAUUCUCCCAAGCCAUGAGCUCCCAAUGGCCUCUGGCAGGCUCGCCGCCUGUUCCCUGUAGACUUUUUGCAGGGGAAGAUGAAGUGGGGUGGGGCAGGCUGGGAGGGGAGGGCACCCCGAGCAUCAGGGACGAGGUUUCCCCACUGUGGUCAGAUAUCCCCUAUCAAGGAGAGGUUUUAGAGAUGGCACAUUUGAACAUAGAGGAGAGACUCACCUUGGAUCUUUACAUCAUCAUUUGCUGUUUAAAAGAAGUCUUAGCCUAAGGGUCCCUGACUGGGCCUCGCAAUGGGUGGCGCUCCGCUGUGACCCUGCGUCGACUGCCUCUGCUAGUCACGGAUGUCUCUGGGCCUUGACAUUUGAUGGGAGCUGAUGAAUCCAGCCUGUCCCGAGGUCACUGGCUCCGAUCUGCUGCAUGGCCCCCUUCGUCCAGCUUGGAUCUCCUCCUCUCAGUGCUGGAGUGGAGCAGAGAACCUGCCCAUUCUGAACGUUUGCCCGGGGCUUGGCCUUCUCCCGGGGUAGCCCAGAGGGACAUGGGAGGUCAGGGCUUGGGGAGGGCUAACUUGGUCUCUUCCAGGUCGUGACAUAACUGAAAGUUUCCUAUCCUGACCCUCGGGUAGCCUUUCAGCUCCAGGAAACUGGCUCUCAAAUCAGCGGAGAUGGGAAAGGAUGUGGUUUUUACGUUUCUCUCUUUCUGUCUUCCGCGAAAAUGUAGAAGCGAGGGGCUUGUCUUCUCCUUUCAUGCCUGGAAGUGCCUUGUAAAGACAUUUCUGCGUGUGUUUAAAAUAAAAAAAUAUUUUUGUACACAAAGUUCAAGGAGAACAUGCACUUUAUAAUCACAAGAAUGGAUCUAUUCUGUGUUUUAAGGAAACGGUUUGGUUUUUAUCGCAAAGUGAAACUAUAAUAAAGGGAAAACCAAAACAGAAACA